AUGGGGCUAUUCAAUGUGACUCACCCUGCUUCCUUCCUCCUAACUGGAAUUCCUGGUCUGGAGAGCCUUCACCCCUGGCUGGCCGGGCCCCUCUGUGUGAUGUAUGCUGUGGCCCUUGGGGGAAACACUCUGAUCCUGCAGGCUGUGCAAGUGGAACCCACCCUCCACUUUCUGUCCAUGCUGUCUUUUAGCGACACGGCCAUGUCGAUGGCCACACUGCCCACUGUGCUCAGAACCUUUUGCUUGGAUGCCCGCAGAAUCGCCUUUGAUGCCUGCCUAAUCCAGAUGUUCCUCAUUCUUUCUUUCUCCAUGAUGGAGUCGGGUAUUCUGUUGGCCAUGAGCUUUGACCGCUAUGUGGCCAUUUGUGAUCCCUUACGCUAUGCCACUGUGCUCACCAAUGAAUUCAUUGCUGGGAUGGGACUGACUGUGACCGCUCGAAGCUUCAUCACACUCUUCCCUCUGCCCUUCCUCAUCAAGAGGCUGCCUGUCUGCAGAUCCAGUGUUCUUUCCCACUCCUAUUGCUUACACCCAGAUAUGAUGAAGCUUUCCUGUGCUGAUAUCACCAUCAACAGCAUCUAUGGGCUCUUUGUUCUUGCGUCCACCUUUGGCAUGGACCUGCUUUUUAUCUUCCUCUCUUAUGUGUUCAUUCUGUGUUCCGUUAUGGCCAUUGCUUCCCAUGAGGAACGCCUCAAAGCUCUCAACACAUGUGUGUCACAUAUCCUGGCUGUACUUGCAUUUUAUGUGCCAAUGAUAGGGGUCUCUAUAGUCCACCGAUUUGGGAAGCAGGUCCCACGAUAUGUACAUGUCCUCAUGUCCAAUGUCUACCUCUUUGUGCCUCCUGUGCUCAACCCUCUCAUUUACAGUGCCAAAACAAAGGAAAUCCGCCGUGCCAUCUUCAGUCUCAAAAUGUGA